AUGUCGUUUGCUAAAUUAGAUGAUGCUAUUAUUGAGAUGCAAAAACAACUAUAUAGGGAGGAGUACAUAAAAGAAUUGCGUAUGAAAUCGGGAGGAAAAUUCUACCCGUUCAGCAUUGAACCAAUGCCAACCGAACGGGAUCGCCUAAUCAAACCAAUGACGGAUUCUGAAAGGGCUCUUCGUAAACAGUGGCUUGAAGAUCAAAAACUUUCUCCACGUGAACCGGUAGAUAUACCCGAAUUCACUCGAAAAAAUAUUUUUCGGCGAGCUUACUGCAAAUUCUUUGAUGGCUUGGCUGGCAUCUUCAGACCUAUUCUGGGACAAAAAUACACUCCUAUCCUUCGAAGAGGUCUGCCGUUGGCUCUCAUUUCCUACCUUGCUGUCUGUACCCUUUGGUAUCAAGCAAAGUAUUCACCGAGGACCUGGGAAACUGGUUUCAAGGGAUUACGAAUUGAAAGGCUUGGGCGCUUAGCCAUCCACCCAGGUCAGCCCGGCUUCCCUAAUUCGCCGGCAUUGGAACACCACUUUGCUGAUGAGGACUUCAGUAAAAGGAAAAUUUUCCUCGGUGACAAGUUGGUCACAAGCGGCCGUUGA